AGAAUUUUGGCGCGCAUUUUUACAGCUGACUCUUGUUGUUGUGGGACGGCUGAGGGUUUCCUGUCAUGUGUGCCUGAUUUACCCCGUGUCCCUGCUCCCCCUGGCCUUGUGUUGCUAAAGAGGAUACCAAGAUGCCUCUCCAGAACACGGGGAAGUUCAAACCUGAUAGAUUUAGUGGUAAUAAGGAGGGAGAUGCGAGUGGGGCAGGUGACGGUUCUGAGAGACGCUUGCAGCAGAGCCUGGAGAAUGACGCCACAGAUGAAAAGUUUGGGUUUGUGCGGUACACCAAGCCACUGGAGAUGGUGGGCUGGCUGCUCAACAUGCAUCCUACUGAAAUUCUUAAUGAAGAGAAAAGGUUAAUCAGUGCUGUCGACUACUACUUCAUCAAGGAAGAUGGAUCCAGAUUCAAGGUGUCACUGCCAUACCAGCCAUACUUCUAUGUCAUGACCAAGAAGGAAGUCACUCAGGAAGUUGCUACUUUUUUGUCCAAGAAGUUUUCUGGUAUGAUUUCUAAAGUGGAAGUUGUUAAAAAGGAAGAUCUGGAUCUGGACAAUCACUUGAGUGGGCUGAAGCAGACUUUACUGAAGCUUUCUUUCAUGACUGUGAAUGAUCUUGUGAAAGUGAGAAACACCAUCAACACUGCUGUCAGAAGGAACAAAGAGGUGGCGAGCUCCAAGACUGUGUUCACAGAGAUGCUGUCGGCUCACUUUGCUGGGGAGACAAGUGAUGGUAACAAGCGCAUGCAGGACCAUCUGGAGAACAUCUUGGACAUCAGGGAGUAUGAUGUCCCCUACCAUGUGCGGGUCUCCAUUGACUGCAAAAUCUUUGUGGGGCUGUGGUACUCCAUCCAGAGGUGCAGCACAGGCUUCCCCUCCAUCACACGGCGGGAGGACCUGCUGGUGUGGCCCGACUGCAUUGUGCUGGCCUAUGACAUCGAGACCACCAAACUGCCCCUUAAGUUUCCAGACCCCAACUCAGACCAAGUCAUGAUGAUCUCAUACAUGAUUGAUGGGCAGGGAUUCCUGAUUGUCAACCGGGAAAUAGUGACAGAGGAUGUGGAGGACUUUGAGUAUACGCCACGGCCAGAGUUUGAGGGACCCUUCACCGUUUUCAACGAGCCAAAUGAAAAGAACGUGAUCAGGAGAUUCUUUGAUCACAUUCUAGAGGUGAAACCGCACAUCUUUGUCACAUACAACGGAGAUUUCUUUGAUUGGCCGUUUGUGGAGGCUCGGGCCAAGAUGCACGACAUGGACAUGGCCAAGGAGAUUGGCUUUGCAAAGAGCCGUGAUGGCGUCUAUUCCUCCCGACCCAGCAUGCACAUGGACUGCUUCUGCUGGGUGAAGAGAGAUUCAUACUUACCUGUUGGAUCUCAGAACCUGAAGGCCGUGGCCAAGGCCAAGCUGCAUUAUGAUCCAGUGGAAAUAGAUCCAGAAGACAUGUGUACCUUUGCAGUAGAGCAGCCACAGGUUCUGGCAAACUAUUCCGUGUCAGAUGCCGUGGCAACUUACUACCUUUACAUGAAGUACGUCCAUCCCUUCAUUGUGGCUCUGUGCACCAUCAUUCCCAUGGAGCCUGACGAGGUGCUGCGCAAGGGUUCAGGUACUCUGUGUGAGGCGUUGUUGAUGGUGCAGGCCUACCAUGCCAAUAUUGUCUACCCCAACAAACAACAGUCCAUCCUAAACAAGCAGACCGCUGAUGGCCAUGUGCUGGACCAGGAGACAUACGUUGGAGGCCACGUGGAGGCCAUUGAGUCUGGGGUUUUUCGAGCAGACAUUCCCUGCAGCUUUAGGAUGGUGCCAGAAGCAUACCAGAAGCUUCUGAACAAUGUGGAGCGCACCAUCAAGUUCUGUAUUGAGGUUGAGCAAGGCAUUCCAUUGGACCAAGUGACCAACUACACUGAGGUGGUGGAAGACAUCAAGGCAAAGCUGGCAAACUUGCGGGACUCACCAUAUUGUCUGAAGAAGCCUCUCAUCUACCACUUGGAUGUGGGCGCCAUGUACCCCAAUAUCAUCCUCACAAACCGCUUGCAGCCAUCUGCCAUGGUUGAUGAGAGUGCUUGUGCUGUGUGUGAUUUCAACAAGCCAGGAGCCACAUGCCAGCGCAAGAUGUCCUGGAUCUGGCGUGGUGAUGUCAUGCCAGCUUCACGUAGUGAGUUCCAACAACUUAAGCUGCAGCUGGAGACAGAGCACUUCCCUCCGGCUGAGCCAGGCGGAGAGCGCAGGGCAUUUCACCAGCUGAACAAGGAAGAGCAGGCAGCUGUGGAAAAGAAGCGUCUUCAGGACUACUGUCGCAAGGCUUACAAGAAGACCAAGACCACCCGCACUGAGGAACGCUGGCAAACAAUUUGCCAGCGAGAGAACAGCUUCUACAUCAGCACUGUGCGCUCCUUUAGGGACCGCCGCUACGAGUACAAGGGACUGCUGAAGGUGGCCAAGAAGGAUGUGGCAAAGGCACAGGAGAAGGGAGAUCCAUCAGAGAUCAAGGCAGCCAAUGCAAAGGCGGUGCUGUACGACUCCCUGCAGCUGGCUCACAAGUGCAUCCUCAACUCCUUCUAUGGGUAUGUGAUGAGGAAGGGCUCCCGCUGGCAUUCCAUGGAGAUGGCAGGCAUUGUGUGCUACACUGGGGCAACCAUCAUCACCCGCUCCAGGGAGAUCAUUGAGCAGAUUGGUCGUCCUCUUGAGCUGGACACUGACGGCAUUUGGUGCAUCCUUCCUGACUCCUUCCCAGAGAAGUACACCAUCACCACAACCAAUCCCAAGAAGGCCAAGGUUGUCAUAGAGUAUCCGGGCGCCAUGCUCAACGUCAUGGUCAAGGACCACUACACCAACCACCAGUACCACGACCUCGUGGAUCCCGAGAAUCUGGAGUAUUCUGUGCGGUCAGAAAACUCCAUCUUCUUUGAGGUUGACGGCCCCUACAAAGCCAUGAUACUCCCAGCAUCCAAAGAGGAAGGGAAGAAGCUGAAGAAACGUUAUGCUGUGUUUGAGUUUGACGGUUCACUGGCAGAACUGAAAGGUUUUGAGGUGAAGCGUCGAGGGGAGCUGCAGCUCAUCAAGAUCUUCCAGUCAUCUGUGUUUAGUGCCUUUCUGCAAGGAGACACCUUGGAGUCUUGUUAUGCCAGCGUAGCCACGGUUGCAGACUACUGGCUGGAUGUCUUGUACAGCAAGGCUGCCAACAUGCCAGACUCAGAGCUGUUUGAGCUGAUUGCUGAGAACAGAUCCAUGAGCAAGAAACUUGAGGAAUAUGGUAACCAGAAAUCCACUUCCAUCUCCACCGCCAAGAGACUCGCUGAAUUCCUUGGUGACCAGAUGGUGAAGGACGCAGGGCUGAGCUGCCGCUACAUCAUAUCCAAGAAGCCAGAUGGAGCCCCAGUGACUGAGAGAGCCAUUCCCCUUAACAUCUUCCAGACGGAGCCGUCCGUGAAGCACCACUACCUGCGGCGCUGGCUCAAGGAUCCCUCCCUCUGCAACUUUGACAUCAGAAACAUUUUGGAUUGGAACUAUUACAUUGAGAGACUGUCAGGCACAAUUAUGAAGAUUGUUACUAUACCUGCUGCUCUCCAGGGUGUUGAGAACCCAGUGCCUCGAGUGCCUCACCCCAAGUGGUUGCACAAGAGGAUGAUGGAGAGGAACGACACCUUAAAGCAGAAACGUAUUACUGACAUGUUCUCUGUUAUUGCCAAGCCCACACCGAGGCCCCAGACAGUGGAGGAGGAUUCUGAGGAUCUUUUUGCAUCCCAAGAAACACCUGAUAUAGAAGAUGUGUUGUCAUCAAAUUCUAUAAACAAAAAGGCUUUGGGACCGGCUGUGACAAGCAAGCGCAAAAGACCAGCAGACUCACUUCAGGCAGACACAAGUCAUCUGAACAGGAGUUGGAGGGAUGCUUUGGGCAACCCACCCAAGAUGGGAAGCUCUAAGGAAGGGCUUCGGGCGUGGAUUCAAUUCCAAAAGAAAAAGUGGGAGUUUCAACAACAGCAGAGGAGCAGUCAGGCCAAGAGGACACGCAAAGACUGGAUGACCUUUGGGGGUGGGGUGAGCAGGGGGGAGGCUGGCAGUGGCAGAGUGGUGAGGUCUGGGCCAGCCAUGACAUUAGGGGGCUUCCUGCGUCAGGCUCACCGCACACUGCUGGAUGUUCCUUGGCAGAUUAUUCAGCUUGCAGAGACAAACACUCCAGGACAGUUCAAGCUGUGGGCUUUGGUGGGUAGUGACCUUCAUCUCAUCAAGCUCAUCAUUCCUAGAGUGUUCUACAUCAACCUGCGAUCACCCAAGGAGGAAUCCGAGAAUGACAGUGGAACCUGGAGGAAGGUGAACAAGACGUUGCCUCGCUGCUACCCGGUGCACCACCUCUAUGAGUACAGCCUGCCAGAAGAGGUGUUCAGGAAGCACAGCAGCGGCCUGGUGGCUGAUCUCUCCUCCCCAGACGUGGAGGGGAUUUACGAAACUCAGGUGCCCUUGGAGUUCAGGGCCAUGGUCCAGCUUGGGUGUGUGUGUGUGGUGGACAGAUCCCUUACUCAGGGAGAAACGGAUACAUUUGAAUUAAAUCAAUUGAAAUUCAAAACAGUGGCUCAAUACCAGUAUUUAGAGGAAGGCAGCAUGCGUCAUAUCUAUUUCUACCACCACUCCAGCGGGAACAAAGCUAUGUUUGGCAUUUUCUUCACCACAGCAAAAAAGGCGAGCAUCUUUGUGCUUGACACAGUCCGUACCAAUCAGAUGCCAAACAUGGCAAACUUAUACAAUACUGAAAGAAAUACAAGGAUAGCUAGUGGGAUUGAAGACUCAAAUCUUCCAGAAGCCAACUUUGAAUUUGAUGUCAAGUUUGAAACAGAAGCUAGAAAAAUACACCGUCAAAUUCAACGUGUUUUGCAAAGUUACAGAGAUGAGAAAAAAGGGCCCACUCUGGUGGCAGUCCAGUCUCCAAUGAGGCUCACAAGCUUGACAUCUCAGAUGCCUGAUCUAGGAGAGUUUCCUCAGGUACCAAUUCACAUAACAGACCCUGAGACAAUGUACAACGUCCUGGACUGGCAGCACAAAGGGGCACGUGCAAUGGUGCGUCACUUCCUAGGAGUGAAGCAGCUGCUUUCAACUUCCAUGGAGCAGAGUCGCUACUUCCACAUUCCUGUUGGCAACCUUCCCCGUGACACUACAGCUUUUGGGGCAGAUCUCUUCUAUGCCAGGCACCUGCAGAAGCACAACACAGUCCUUUGGGCCUCACCAGGACCCAGGCCAGACCUUGGAGGUCAUGAACAUGAUGACAACAGGGCAGUGUUAGAGCCUGAUGGAAUAUCAGUCACUUCCCAAAUCAACCACUCUAGCUGUUACUCCACAGUGUGUGUCGAGCUGGAUGUUGAUGCUCUGGCAGUCACUACCAUACUCCAGGCAAACAAUAUUAAUGAAAUGGAGGGAACUAGCAGCAGUGUGGCCUUUGAUGCGGCUCCUCAGGCGUCACUGCAGGACAUGAUGAGUGGGCCAGACUCCUCUGCCACAGUUUAUGAUGAGACGUCUCGCAGCGCCUCGGCUUUUAAAGUUCUCCGUCAGAUGGUUGCCGCUUGGCUGCGUGAUGUCUCAGUGUACAAGAAUGUGUUUGCAGAUUAUCAGAUUAUACACUUUUACCGCUGGCUGCAUGAUCCAAACUCCCUCCUGUAUGACCCGGCCCUGCAUCGCAUGCUGCGCAACCUGAUGCGGAAGCUCUUCCUUCACCUCAUUGCUGAGUUCAAGAGACUUGGAGCAGUCAUAGUACAUGCCAACUUCAACAAAAUUAUACUCUGCACCAGAAAAAAGAGAUUAGAAGAUGCCAUAUCCUAUGUUCAGUAUGUUGUGAACAGCAUCCGUGGCAAGGAGCUCUUCCACUCCAUCGAUCUAUCCUUUAACCAGUGUUGGGAAUACCUCAUGUGGUUAGAUCCAUCCAAUCAUGGUGGUAUUAAAGGAAGGCUUCCCAAGGAAAUUCAGGACAGUGAGGAGAGUCAAGAGGAAAUAAGAAAUUCAAAUAGUGGAGUUGUUGAGAGUGAAGAACAAAGUAAUACUACUAUUGAUGAGGAAGGACCUCUAAUUGAAAUGGCCUGGAACCUUGCUGAGUUCUUGCCCAAGUGGUGUGACUGCCAGUCCAGCUUUAACAAUGUCAUAGCAUCAUACAUCUGCACCAUCUAUGAGAAGUUGCAGGAAGAGGCAAAUUGCCACACUCCCGGCUAUACUCCAAUGAAGAGAAAACCCUCAAGUCAAGCUUCUCAGCAGCCACCCCCUGCAGACUCCAACAAGACUUGUGCAGAGUUUGCUCGAGAACUGGUAGCUGGUCAGCUGGCACAAAAGCUGUACUUCCUGACUCAGCGCAUUCAUAAGAAGGGGGCUGCCAGUAAGGAGGUGGAGGACGCUGAAAACAGCAUGCUGUUGACUGCCUCAUUCCACCACUUCCCAGCGCUUGAGUUUGUGAAAAGUGUAACAAAAGUACUGUCUCUUGACAGUACUGUGACACAAGAGGUGUGCAAACUCCGAAGAGAUCUUCUUAAACUACUGAACAUUGGAGAGUUUUCACUCGAGGCUGAAUGGAAAGACCCUUGUGUGUCAUACAUCCUUCCAGAGGUUAUCUGCCACUCCUGCAACCACUGCCGCAACAUUGACCUUUGUAAAGAUGUGUAUCAAACUACUGAAAGUGGAAUGCGUGUGUGGCUUUGUCCGGUGUGUGACACCAGGUACUCCACGGGAGACAUCGAGCAGCAGCUGAUUGACUUGAUUCAGAACAAUUCCAUGGCUCUUGUUCUUCAGGAUCUGCAGUGUGAAAACUGUCUGGAGGUGAAGCAGCCCAACAUGACGGUUCACUGCAGCUGUGGUGGACACUUCAAGACUCUGGAGAACCACAAGGAGUUUGAAAAUAAGUUGCAAGUGUUCAAUAAAAUCUCUAUGCUUUUCAACAUGCCUCUCCUUGAAGAAAAUAUAAAAUGGAUUUCUGAAAAUAAUCACUGGCUGGUUUUGUGAUUUGUUGGCCAUCUGUGGCUUGAAAGUAUUUCAUAUAACUGCAUUUAGUUACAAUAAACAAACAGUUGUACAUAUAUAUUUCUUUAUAUAACAUUGGCAAUAUAAUUGUACAUAACGAAUUGUUGUCUGAAUUUUUUUUUUUUUUAUUGAAAAUUGUCUUGAAGUAUUUUUAGAUAUUCAAGCCCCAGAUGCAAUUUUGAAGACAUCCAAAUUCUUAAUGCCUAUAGACAAGGAGUUUGUAUUUAUUGUGUCAAUAAAUUAAUUUUAUAUAA